AUGGGGACCCCGAGGCCCGCUGCCUCGUGGGCUGUCCUCCUGGCCACGCUAGGCUCCGCAGCCGGCCUGCCUCUUGGGGGAGAUCCCGGCUGCACUGCCCGGCAGCUGGCUAGAUACAGCCUCACCUUCACGGGGAAGUGGAGCCAGGUGGCUUUCCCCAAGCAGUACCCCCUGUUUCGGCCCCCCGCUCAGUGGUCUUCCCUACUGGGGGCCACGCACAGCUCCGACUACAGCAUGUGGAAGAAGAACGAGUACGUGAGUAACGGGCUGCGCGCCUUUGCCGAGAGCGGCGAGGCCUGGGCCCUGAUGAAGGAGAUCGAGGCCGCCGGCGAGAAGAUCCAGAGCGUGCACAGCGUCUUCUCGGCGCCCGCCGUCCCCACCGGCAUCGGGCAGACCUCGGCCGAGCUCGAGGCGCACGCCCGGCACUCGCUGGUCUCCUUCGUGGUGCGCAUCGUGCCCAGCCCCGACUGGUUUGUGGGCAUCGACAGCCUGGACCUCUGCGAGGGCGGCCGCUGGAAGGACCACGUCUCGGUGGACCUGUUUCCCUACGACGCCGGCACAGACAGCGGCUUCACCUUCUCUUCCCCCAACUUUGCCACCAUCCCACAGGACACGGUGACGGAGAUAACGUCUUCCUCCCCAAGUCACCCAGCAAACUCCUUCUACUACCCUCGGCUGAAGUCCCUGCCUCCCAUCGCCAGAGUGAGUUUGGUGCGGCUCAGCCACAGCCCCAGGGCCUUCGUCCCACCCACCCCCGACCUGGCAGGCAGAGGGAAUGAGAUCCUGGACGCCCUCACAGCUCCGGAGACGCCGCUGGACUGCGAGGUGUCCCUGUGGUCGUCGUGGGGGCUGUGCGGCGGGCGCUGUGGGCAGCUGGGCGCCAAGAGCCGAACUCGCUACGUGCGCGUGCAGCCCGCCAACCACGGGAGCCCCUGCCCCGAGCUGGAGGAGGAGGCCGUGUGCACCCCCGACAACUGUGUCUAA